ACUUGUCCCCACACUCAUUACCAAUUGAAGGGCAGUUUGUAAAUCACGUCCUUUGUUCCAUUUCUAGUUGAUCUCUUCUCCCAAACCUCCAAUAAUAUUUCUAGCUAUACCUAUCUCCAUAUCCCACUGAAAAUGAGGAACACAAACAAACCUUCUCAGCUGUUGUGAUUCUUUAUCCUUCCAAAAACCACCUUUUUCAUCCUUUUAGGUGCUUCCUUAAAACCGUUUUUUUCCACAAACUUUUCCAUUCCACCAAAACAAUGCAUCACAUUCAUUUCCUUUAUCAUUAAAACCAAGUCUACUACUCCCUAGUAUUAAAAAAACAACAACCGAACUUAUAUAUACAUAAAUAAUCAUAUGGAAGGUUUUCACCCUUCAAUGAAUAUGAAUAUGAAUAUGAACAUGAACAUGAAUAUGAACCCUUCUUUUUCUUACACAUUCCCCAUCACUAGUGGCACCCCCAACAUCACUACUAACACCACCACUUCCAUUGCUACAAAUUACAACACUACUACUCCAUGGAUGAACAGUAGAAUAUGGAGUAAGCUUCCACAAAGACUACUUGAUCGCAUCAUAGCAUUCCUUCCACCACCUGCAUUCUUCAGAGCACGUUCUGUUUGCAAGAGAUUCUACUCUCUUCUCUUUUCCAAUACUUUCCUCGAACUUUACCUUCAAGUUUCACCUCCUUCUCACUGGUUCUUGUUCUUCAAACACAAAACCAAAAAAACUAACAUCUACAAAAACAACAAUAAUGUCACAACCACCACUACUACUACUACUGCUAGUACUAAUGAUUCCUUUGAAUGUUACCUCUUUGAUCCCAAAGAAAUGUCAUGGUACCGAAUUUCCUCUGCUUUAAUACCCUGUGGUUUUUCACCAUCUUCUUCAUCUUCUGGUUUACUCUGUUGGGUUUCUGAUGAAUCAGGUCCAAAAACAAUGCUUUUAAACAACCCUUUACUCGGUUCAAUAACUCAGUUACCAGCAACUUUGAUUCCAAGACUCUUCCCUUCAAUUGGAUUAACCAUUACACCAAGUUCCAUUGAUGUAACUGUUGCAGGUGAUGACAUGAUAUCACCAUAUGCAGUUAAAAAUCUAACAUCAGAGAGUUUCCACAUUGAUGCAAGUGGAUUUUACUCCAUAUGGGGAACAAACUCAUGUUUACCAAGAUUAUGCAGUCUUGAAUCAGGUAGAAUGGUUUAUUCACAAGGGAAAUUUUACUGCAUGAAUUGUAGUCCUUUUAGUGUUUUAUGUUAUGAUGUGAGUUUGAACACAUGGUUCAAGAUUCAAGCACCUAUGAGAAGGUUUUUAAGGUCACCAAAUCUAGUAGAGUGUAAUGGAAAAUUGUUGCUAGUUGCUGGUGUUGAGAAGAGUAAGUUGAAUGUUCCAAAGAGUUUGAGGGUUUGGAGUUUACAAGGAUGUGGGAGUGUUUGGGUUGAAACAGAGAGAAUGCCACAGCAACUUUAUGUUGAGUUUUGUGAAAUGGAGAUUGGGAACAAUGGUUUUGAGUGUGUUGGAAAUGGUGAGUUUAUUGUGAUUAUGAUUAAAGGAAGAAGUGAUAAUAAAGGUUUGGUUUAUGAUAUGUUGAGGAAGAGAUGGCAAUGGAUUCCAACAUGUCCUUAUGUUGGUUAUGAUGGCUUUGAAUUGCAUGCUUUUGCUUAUGAACCUAAGUUGGCUACUCCUGUUACUGCUUUACUUGAUCAAUUGGCUAUGCCUCUUCCACACUUUUAGAUUUUUAUGUUCAUGUUCAUGUUAAUGUUAAUGUUAAUGUUUAUCUAUGCAUGCAUGUUUAAUUAUUAUUCAUGCUAUGCUCUGUGUGUGUGUGUGUGGUGAGAUGUGUCAUCAUCCUACUUAUUACUAAUCAUCUUCAGUGUGCAUGUUGCUUCCUUUCUAGUGCUAAUCAUAAUCACUUUAAUAACUUCAA